AUACACAUAUACCACAUUAGUAAAAUAUUUUAGGAUUGAUGCAGUACAAAUGACCUUUGUAAUCACUGGAGCUUGUAUGGGUGCUUUAGGUUUAAUGAUUUUAACUGUUGGUUGUUUAGCAACUGGAGCUACAAGACAUAAAGUGUAUCGUGCUUGGAGAUCAAGGGUAGGAGGACGCAUAAGCUGUGCAGUGUUUAUGAUUAUAACAUAUAUACUAAAAAUAGCAUGGCUAUUAAUGUUCUGCUUUCUAAUUAUUGUUACUUUCAUUUUCACUGUUUUUUGGAAUAUGUGUGCCAAUCCUAAUGUUGAAACAUUAAGGGACUGUAUUGAUUUGACUCAAUUUUACUUUCUGUUUCCUUCAGGAACAAAACAGGAGCAUAUGAAAGUUUGUGAUUCUCAAAAUGUAAAGCUGUUUUGUAAAGAUUAUGUGGAAAAAGCAGAAAUAAUGUUCAUUUUGGCAAGUGUUGCCACUGUACUGGUAAUAUUAAGUUUGGUUCAUUACCUAAUGUGUUUGUCUGCCAACUAUGCACACAUUAGAGAUCAUGAGAAAUUCCAAGAACUACAAGACUUGCGUUAUUUAAAUGAUCAAGAUAUGAUUAGUAGCAAGGACAGGUUUUAGGAUACAGCCCAGGAAAUACACGUCUCCAAGAACUGAUGACAUCAUUUUCCUUACAAACAGAAAAAUUAUUCAUUUGGAUGAUGUGUUAGAGCUAUAUGUUAAGAAGUAAUUAUGGGAGGUGUGAAAAGUAGUUUAAGGACUAAUAUAUUUUACAAAUCAUGUGUAUUUCCUGGGGAGCACAACUCUAGCAAUAAUUUGUCAAAGUUUUGUUUAACAUAUAUGUACAAAAAGAAAAAAUGUAAUAACUUUUCUAAAUAAUCCGCAAAAAUAUUUGAAAAAGGCAAAAUAAGUGUAAUGAGACUUUUGUACUUGUUUUUGUCAGUCAUGGAAAAGUUAUUACCAAUUACUAAUAUUUUACAA